GGUGAAGGGUUUCGGCAUUUUCGGUUACAUUCCCUGAAAUAAGAAUAUCUUUUGGCGAAAGGUCCCACCUCUGCUCUUUUAAGGCAGACGGAGGUUGCAGCGAACCCGGGUUGUGUGUCUGCGUGGGCGCUCUUAUGUGUGUCCUCGGUUUUGUGUAAGAAACAGAAGAAGAAGCUGACGAAGAAGAAGAAGAGGAGGAACAACAACAACAACAGAGACUUGGUGUGGGAAGAGAGAGGUUGAUGGUCGUUGCCUGUAUUGAUGAUGCUGUAGUGUCACGCGUGUGGGUGCCAAGUUAUGUUACUCAAGGUGUCUGCUGCUGCCUCUUGAGCGCCAGCAUCGCCUCCUCCCUCUCUCUCUUGCUCUCUUUCUCCUUAUUUUUCUCCUCCUCCUCCUCCGUCGAGGUUGUUUCGUAGGUUUCCCAUUUCUAUCUCCCAUCGCGGAGGUUUGCGGCUGUCCGAGCGUGUGCGUUUGCAGCGCGUAGAGCUACCGGAGUUGAGAAGAGUUUCGUGAAGGUUGGCCGGUGUUCGAUUGUAAUGAGAUUGGAUGGGUAGAGGGGGGCAUGGGAUCUGAGUGUGUGCGAUGGCCAGCUGCGGCACAGGUUUCGAUGGCGCAGUGGGCAGCAAUCCGCAGGGAAUUGGAAGAGGGCAUCUUGGGAGAGAGCGGAGCGCUCUGGGAUUGAUUCAGACGCAGUCGCGGUGGAAUUCUUCGUAAUCAGGCGUUUCCUCCAUUUCGGCGGGAGUACAAAUUUUCUUUUUAUUUUCCUUUUUAUUUGUUUUUUUCUCUUUAUGUUUAUUUUUAUAUCUCAUUUCUCGGAAUUUUGCGCAAGGGUGAUGAGUUCGGGGUAUAGGUUAGCGAGUUAGUGAUUUUCAGGGUUUGAUCUUGUGGGUUGCUCCUCGUCGUCUUCCUCCGGCUGGCUAUUGCUCUGCGGGGGAAACGCUGCAUUUACUUGUUAGAUUAUGAAUAACCGCAGGGUUAGGUCAUGGGGUAAAGGCCUCUCGCAAGCGCCACCCUACCUCGAGGUUUUGCGUGUGGCAUCGUGGUGACGGAUGGAAUAUUGGCCAAUGCUAGAAUAGGGCAUGGCAGAAACAAUGGCGUGGUUGCUAAGCACGAACGCACGGGGUAGGAAAUUGUAGGAAAAUUAUAGUGGUUGUAGAAUAGCCCUUCGGUGGAAAGUUAUGGCCAGUCACGAGGACAGCGAUUUGUCGGUCAAGGCGCUGCACAAGCGCUACGAAGGGCUGGUGACGGUGAGGAGCAAAGCUAUCAAGGGCAAGGGCGCGUGGUAUUGGAGCCAUCUCCUCCCUUUGUUGGUGCAGCAUCCCGACACCGGGCUGCCCAAAGCUGUCAAGCUGCGAUGCUCCCUGUGCAAUGCCAUGUUCUCCGCUUCCAAUCCCUCCCGCACUGCCUCGGAGCAUCUGAAGCGUGGGACGUGCCCCAAUUUCAAUGGAAUGGUGCCGAAGCCGCUGGCGUCUCAGCCUGGCCCCAAACCUGCAGGAACUCCCGGUACCACCACUCCCCGGAAACGUAACGCUCCGGCGUCGUCCCUGUCAGAUGACUACGCACCCUGCACUGAGCUCGUGGUCCACACCCCCCUGAUGCUGUCCGGGGGCAAAGAGGAUCUGGACGCGCUGGCCUUGCUGGAGGACAGUGUGAAGAAGCUCAAGAGCCCGGGUAUGAAGACGGGAGGAUCUCAGGGCCUACCUGGGGGACCGAACAAAGCCCAGGCAGAAGCCGCGCUCAACCUUCUGGCGGAGUGGUUGUACGAGUCGUGCGGCACGGUCUCAUUUUCUUGUGUGGAGCAUCCCAAGUUCAAAGCAUUUUUGAGCCAGCUUGGGUUGCCGCCCGUGAGCAGGCGAUACCUGGCGGGGGCGAAAUUGGAUGCCAAAUUCGAGGAGGUGAAGCAGGAUUCCGAGCUCAAGCUGCGAGAGGCCAUGUUCUUCCAGCUCUCCUCUGACGGGUGGAAGAAGAAAAGCAUCGGCAUGGGGGAGAGCCUGAUCAACAUCACCUUGAAUUUGCCGAAUGGGAGCACGCUGUUUCGCAGCGUGGUCAAUAUAAACUCUGGCCCCGUGUCUGUGAAGCUCGUCGAAGACACGUUAGCCGAGGCUGUGAUGUCCAUCUGCGGGCCAGCUCCGGAACGGUGCGUGGGAAUCGUUGCGGAUGCUGACAAAUAUACGUUGAAAGCGCUGCAAGGGCUGGAGUAUCGGUUCCCGGGCACGGUAAACCUGUCGUGCCAGGCGCAGGGGUUCAGCAAUCUGUUGAAAGACUUCAACAAACACCUAUUGUUAUUUAGGUCGGUAAGGAGCGAGUGUAUGAAGGUGUCAGCGUUCUUUAACAAUCAACCGCAAGCUCGAAUGUACCUCCAAAAAUACCAACGUCAGGAAUAUGAUAGUGUGAAAUUGUUACGGACGCCCCCUGACCCCCAGUUCGCGGAUCCUCACUACGCCUAUGUGCUGAUAAUGCUCGACGACAUUGUGGCAUCUGCACGCGCGCUGCAGCACACGGUGAUCGACGACCAGUUCUGCCUGCACUUUCAAGACGAUCAGAUGGGGCGUGAUGUGACAGACGUGGUCGCCAGUAUGCGGUACUGGCAAGAUUUAGAAGCGGUGCAGGAAUUGGUAAAGGUUGUGAAAGUGAUGGUGAAUGGCAUAGAACAGGAUCGACCGCUGGUUAGCCAGUGUUUGCCGCUGUGGGACGAGCUACGCAGCAAAGUGAAGGAGUGGUGUGUUCAAUAUGACAAGGACGAGGCUCCUAUCCACGAAAUCAUCGAGAAACGGUUCAACAAGAACUACCACCCAGCGUGGGCAGCCUCGUUCAUCCUCGACCCUUUGUAUCUCCUUCGGGAUUCAAGUGGUAAGUACUUGCCGCCCUUUAGAUGCCUUACUGCCGAGCAGGAAAAAGACGUGGAUCGGCUGAUAACGCGCCUGGUUGCGCGAGAGGAAGCGCACAUUGCCUUGAUGGAACUCAUGAAAUGGCGCGCUGAGGGGCUUGAUCCUCUCUACGCCCAAGCUGUCCAGGUGAAAGAGCGAGACCCCUUAACUGGCCGGAUGCGGCCCGUUAAUCCUCAAUCCCGGCGCCUGGUGUGGGAGACGUGUCUCAGUGAAUUCAAAUCUUUGGGUAAAGUAGCCGUCCGACUGAUUUUCCUGCACGCCACGAGCUGCGGGCUUAAGUGCAACUGGUCGCUGUGGCGGUGGGCUUACCGAAACGGAAACUCGCGACAGGCAGUGGAGAAAGCCGAGAAGAUGAUCUUCAUAGCGUCUCAUGCGAAGCUGGAGCGCAGGGAUUACUCCAACGAAGAGGAGAAAGAUGCUGAGCUCUUCAUGAAUGACAAUGGCUCUGGGGAAGACAUCGCAGACGAAGUUUUCUUGAACGCACCUUUGUAACAUUGGCAAGCAAGGCUUUGCAAUUCCCUUGGACACACCAAGACACAGAAUCCAUUAACCUAGGCUUCACAGCCCGCCGCUUCAUUUUUCGUUGAAUGCUGUGUCCGAUUGUGUGUACAUCUUUAGCUGUUCAUCAUCUGACUGGGGAAGUCUACAGGGAUACAGUAUCGAUCGAGAGGGGUGAUUGAGCUGUGUAUGGUUGACGGCUCCUUCACAAGAGAGAAGUGGGGUUGUUGCGCUUCCAGCGUCCUCUUUGAGGCAUCUGAUCAUCCGGCGUAGUACACGGGGCAUGGCUUAGGGUUGAAAUUCAAGUCAUUUGCCCCAUCCAGCAGCCUUGGAGACAGGCUGAGACAGACACAGACAGACGCUGGUAAAGGUUUUAGUUGUUUUAUGGUAUGGUCAUGUCAUGUCAGGUUGGUUCGUUGGUUGGUUGGUUGGUUGGUUGGUUUUUUUUUUUUUUUUAAUAUAUAUUUAAUUUUUUCCCGCCAACCUUGUUGGUUGCAAGCUUACGUACAGAUGAGCUAGCUUAUACAGUGGUUUGUCACACCUGGGCGCAUUUAAUCUGUCGUCACAGAAUUGAUGCUGUAAUUUUGCCCCAAUUUUGCUUCUUAUUACAUUUUGGCUGGAAACCAUUCUCUCAUCGUUCUCACGCCUCGUUUCCCUCUCUCAAGCUCAACUUUCUCUGCCCCCCGACCUCCCCCUCCUCCCUCUUGCUUUUCCUCUUUCUUUCUUUCUCCCCCUUCUCUUUUCUUUAUACCUUCUUUUUUUUUUUUUUUUUUUUUUUUUUGUUUUUUCUUACAGCUGUUGCUGGUAGCUUCAUCGCUCAUGUGAUGCUAUCACAUUUUUCUGGCUGUGUACUUCUCUGACAGCGUUGUGAUUGGAGGUUGAAAGAGACGGUGAACAGAGGUGGAUAGAACAUCUCACACAGCUUGGCAUAGAGGGUAAAUUGUGGAGAUUUGCCAGAAGUGUCAGGGGUAUUUCCUAUACCGAGUUGAUAUAAAAAGUUGAGCAUUCAGUGCUUUUAGAUUUCA